AGAAACACGAGUUGCUUACUGCAACCACACUCAUUACCCGCUUCCUACCUCGAAUAUCACAAUGGCUCCCAAGCAGCGCACGCCCGCCUCCACGGCCCCCCAAACCACCACAACAACUCCCUCGACGCCAGCGCGAUCAUCCAAGCCCGCGAGCAGCGGCAGUGCACAGGACAUUCUGCAGGGAAUAUGGAACAAAUACGUGACCAAGACGCCGCAGCGCGUCAAGUUGCUUGACACAUUCAUGGCGUUCCUGAUUGUCGUGGGCGCGUUGCAAUUCUUCUACGUGGUUCUGGUUGGAAACUUUCCCUUCAAUGCCUUCCUCUCGGGCUUCAGCGCCACCGUCGGCCAAUUCGUCCUCACUGCCUCGCUGCGCAUCCAGACCAACCCGGAGAACAAGGCCGACUUUGAGAGCAUUUCGCAUGAGCGCGCGUUUGCGGAUUUCGUGCUCGGGUCGUUAUUGCUGCAUUUCUUUUGCGUCAACUUCAUCAACUGAGCGGGGCGGGUUUUCGCGCGUACAACAAGACAGACGAGGAAGACCGGGGAGCGAAAUCAUUCAGAUGUAGAACUAGGUAUUGCGGGCGUCUGGCGAGCACAAAAGAUUGCAUAGACCGGUCUUAGGGUACCAGAAUCAAAAUGCUCGGAAUUUGGUUGUGGAUUGAUCAUGUAUAGCCGAUUCCGCGCAAUGGAGUACAACUAUCAAACCCACA